GUCAGUUAUAAACACAAGAUAAGAAAGUCACAAGUUCAUUCAAAUACGUAAACUUGAUAUGUGUUACUUCAUAUAUAAAACAAAAAUACAAUGAUAUAUUUAGUUGUGUUGCUUGUAUUGGUUGGCUAUCCCGGACAGGGGAACAGCCUUCAAUGUAGGGUGUGUAAAAACGUUGCUGGCUUGGAAGACUGCACAGAAUCAGAAACAUGUUCACCUAAUUCGGUGUGUUUCACAGAUGAGAAAAUUGUUGGCAAUGAAGUAUUGUACGAGUCUGGCUGUCGGUCUCUGUCCGUUUGCCAGGCGACUGGGCGUAGGUCACUGUCAAAGCGAGAUGAUGGUGCCCUAAUAGCUUGUUCAAGAUGCUGUAACCUUAAUGAAACAGUAACCCCGCUUGGUAAAAAACACUGUAACGAGUAUCUGUGCGGCUUACGUUUAAGCGGAAGUCUGGCGGGAUUACACCAGUGUUACACGUGCUCGGGAGUUAGGGAUAUCAACGCCUGCAACACGAUAACUACCUGUCAACAAGACAAGGUUUGCAUCGUGGAAGAAGGUUAUGAUGUCAACAACUUUACAACAUAUACGAUGGGAUGUUCAAAAACACCUCAAUGUAUACUGGCGACGAGGUUUCGAGUGGAAAAUGAAGCGUUAUUCAAUCAGGGUGCUAUAGUCACUGGUAAACGCAAUGUUGUGACGGCAUGUUCUGCGUGUUGUGGAGGUUCGCUAUGCAAUACUGGUGGUUGUUUCAAGUUAGUUGAUAAACUGCGUAAGUUAUGGAAAGCAGGGAGUUUGGACAUUUCAACGCUUACAUAUGUUCAACCAACCAAUGGAUGAAGUUAAUGCAGUAAAGAUGUAUUAUUAUCACUUUUAACAAGAUAAUAAAUCAUGUCGGUAUC